AUGGCUACUGCACGACAAUACCGUAACUUACCGAUUGAGUUCAAACGCUCAAUUCCCCAUCCUGUUGAAGCUUUCGAGAUUGACCCUGAUUUCCCAAACACCUUUCACCCAAGACUUCACGAGGCGAAUCAAGAAAUCGAAAAUACGAGCUGGGAGUGCCGUGAGGAUCUCAAGAAAGCUGACUGGAAAGGAUCGCUUGCCGUCGGCUGCGUCAAUGAGAUAAGCGGAAGCUUUUUAGCGACGGUGUUCCCCGAAGGAAAGCUAGAUCGAGUUAUUCCCAUGACUUAUCUAUGUGAAUAUGGUUUCAUUCAUGAUGAUAUGGUGGAUGAGAAGGAGACCCCUGAGGAGUUCGAAAAAGCUCAUCAAACGAUGCAUUCAUUUAUCGGCAAAGAUCACCACGACAAAAGUAAUAGUAUGAUAAAAAACAUACAAGCCCGAAUGGCGCUCCAGAUUUACCGAGCGGAUCAUGAUGGAGCAUCCCGAUUCCUUGAAGUUUAUCGGCCAUUUCUAGAAAUCAAGUCUCCACAAAGAGAUUUGAAAUCCUAUAAAACACUCGAUGAAUAUUUAGUAUGGCGAUUUUUCGAUGUUGGGGGGUGGGUCUUGAGGGAGAUGCUUAUAUACACUGCGGACGUGAAUUUGAACGAUAAUGAAAGGUCAUCUUUGAAUCCCGUGAUUCUCCCUCUAUUGAAAGCCAUGGUACUGACAAAUGAUUAUUACUCAUGGGAAAAGGAAUAUGACCUAUAUAAUCGUACAAAUGGUAGUGUGCCAAUGGUUAAUGCCGUAUGGCUGUUGAAACAUCUUCGUGAUGUGGAAGAUUCCAAAGCACGGGAACUUUUGAGGGACAGAAUACUGGAAGAUGAAAUGCAAUAUUGCAGGCUUAGGGACGAGUAUCUUCGAACGAAGAGUCCUAGCUCAGAUACAAAACGAUUUCUGGGCCUCAUCGAGCUCGCGGCGGCGGGCAAUCGAUUUUGGCAUGCUACUUCUAAACGAUAUAACGCAUGGGCGCCGACCCCAACCCCAGCGCCAAUCCCAACUUCAAAGAUAAAGGCAAAGCGCCCCGCAUCUCAAAUCGAAGAUAUCAAAUCUGAUGGACAGCGUGAUAGUAAAAGGUCUAAGAUUGAAUUAGACCAGCACCCAAGCGAGAAUGAUAUAUCGUUUGCUAAAACGCCUGAAAGCUUGGAGUUCAAAACUCCGAACACAAACGGAAACUUUGAUUCCUCUAGUUUCAGUCAAAAUGGUGAGGAUAAGAUUGUUCUGGAACCUUACAAAUAUAUCUCAUCUUUACCAGCAUCAAACUCAAGAAAUGCAUUGCUUGACGCGCUCAACUGUUGGUAUUUUGUUCCACGCGAGUCCUUAGAGAUCAUUCGGCAUGUCAUUGGUACCAUUCAUAACACAUCACUAAUAUUAGAUGAUAUUGAAGACAACUCUCCCACACGACGCGGAUCUCCCUCAGCACAUGAGGUGUUUGGGAUCAGCCAAGCAAUCAAUUCGGCAACAUAUCAACAUGUGAAAUGUUUCGAGUUUGCCAUGGCUUUGAGCAAGGAAUCUAUCAAUUGCUUUACGCAUACUUUGUCGCAAUUACAUAUUGGCCAAAGUCAAGACUUACAUUGGACAUUUCAUUGCAGAUGUCCCAGUCUGGAGGAAUAUUUUAAACAGACCGAAGACAAAACUGGAGGGCUUUUUCGCAUGGCGGCAGGUAUGAUGCGUGCAGAAGCGACCAAAAAUCGUGAUGUAGACGCGGAUAUAUUGAUGAGAAAGCUGGGAAAGUACUACCAGCUUCGAGACGAUUAUAAUGAUCUUAUUCCCAGUACAAAGGGAGAUAAUCAGAAUCUGGAUACCGUCUACAAUGAUCUUGAUCAAGGAUCUUUCACCCUUCCAAUCAUUCAUGCUCUUGGGAAAGAAGCUGAGAACGGCGAUGCGAAACUUCUCAACAUCCUAAGAUCGCGAAAAUGGAACGAGAGGAAAAUGUCUUCAGGAAUGAAGAAAUUGGCAAUCACAGAGAUGGAAAACAUGGGAAGCUUUACUUACGCAAAAGCAUUACUGAAUGACUUGCAUGCGGAGAUUGAGCAUGAGCUCGGAAUACUUGAGACAAAGACUGGGUCAGGGGAGAACCGGAUUCUAAGGCUGAUGUUGUAUCGUCUGAAAGUCACAUAA